AUGCCAAAGGUAAAAAGCCACCAUGAUUAUUUCAAUGAGCAGGCAAUAGCACGCCAACUCAGACAAUUUGCCGGAGGAAAGGAAAUAGAUCUCCCUCUAUCUUGGCGCGCAGUGGCAGUUGGCCAGAUUGGUAAUGUUUUGCGCCGCGCUUAUCAAAACAUUGUUACCCUCCCAGUGACUGCAGACGAAUUAAAUACUGCCUCACAUAAACAGCGCACAGUGCUCCUUCAAGAUGUGAAGCUUGGGCGGGUGACCAAGGCCACUGUGGUUGUAUCAAGAGAUGAAAAGCCCUUGAUCAUAUAUCUCCCCCACGCCGUUGCAAAACAUGUAGAGCGAAAAGCAAUGGUGGCCACCUCGGGCAUUGAUACCAUCCUAGCAAAAGGAAUGAAAUCCAAAGGCAAUUGGCGGAGUUGCCGAGAAAGAUUCAAACCUUCUGGUAAAUUGCCUAUUGGCCAGGAGGCUUUUUCGGGUGGCUGGUAUGCCCAAGGACAUGCAAACAGCAAUGCUCUUCCACGCCCAUCAGUGAGCCUCCGUAGCGCUAAGAACUCGGGUGCUACGGAGCGGUGGCUCAAAGAAACUGCAACUCUCAACAAGAGCAUCAACCUCAUUAUGGGAGCAGUGCAUCCAGACUCCUAUCGUGCUGGAGUCAAAGCAUUGAAUGGUAUGCGCACCAGGGCUCCGCCAGACGACAUUAAAUGGGCGGAACUUUGGCAGCCAGUGGCUACAGCUAUGGCUGUUGUCUCCAAUGGCACAAGCCUGGCACAUUUUGACUCCAAGGGUGAUGUCAAACAAUUUGACGCAUUGACUAACCUUGGUGCAGACCAGGUUGAGCUUGGGUUUCCAGACCUGGGUGGUAGCUUCCACUAUCAUGGUGGUUCGGUGGUUCUCUUCUCUGGGAGGCUCUUCAAGCAUGAGUCCUGGGAUGAUGGAUUCUUCAAAGAUUGCAGCUUGGAUGAACUGGGCAUUGUUCUCUAUCUUGGCCAUGCUGGUGAGCGUUGUCCAGCAGCCAAUGGGGAACCUGACACUGCUGAUCCUUUUACCCUGGACCCAAGGCACCAAUCCAUGGUUUUUGUGCAUACCACUGGUAUAUAUUCUAGAAAAGUGGAAUGGUGUCAGUGCGAAAACCACAAGAGUCAUUAUACCCAGCUUCUGCAAGCCAGAUUAUUCCCCGCUACAUCAGAUCGACCAUCAACUGCAUUCACUUUUGAGGUUCUGGAUGAGCUUCAUCUCCAACGUAUAGAAUGCAAAACUGCAUCUUCAAACUUCUACAGUUUGCUUCGGAGGAAGACGGAUUUCAAUGCUCCAUUAGAUGUUCCGGACCGCUCAAGGGAGAUAGAGCGCGUUUCACGGUGCUACCGUGAUCUGUGUAGCAGGCUGAAAACUGGUUGUUGGGGCGAUGAAGACAACACCCCAGGGCAACAAGCGAUAUUCUGCCCAGCAUGCCCUCAACCGGGUAUCAAUGUGACAAGCAAGACAUGGAAUGCUGCCACUGAUCCUGACUGGCUGCUCUCUCCAUUGCUGGUGGCCGAUGGCAACUUCAAGUUUGAUCACCUGCAGCUGAAAAAUCCUCAAUCUGAUGUCACCCUUCGCGACGGCACUGGGUUUCUGGUCACUACUAGCACCUACGAGAACCACUUGGAUGUCACAUCUGGGACCCAAGAGAAAUCAAACUGCUCCAAUCACAAGGCAGUAAAUCAGGCAUCACGGCCACGCAAACAUGUGGACAACACUGGUAUUGGAGCAAUCGCCUGUGCAAGGCAUGGCUUCUUUGUUCCACACUCAAUCGUCAAUUUUAAAAAGGGAGAGCAACAGAAGAACAUGGACUUUGCACUCUCUGAGGCGAUGAAGUUUUUUACCAGCCUGAAAAAGGAGCCAUUGCAACCCGCCAUUACCGUCAUCUAUGAUGUCAUGUGCCAGUAUGGUGUUCAUUUGGAACAACGCCUAGAAGAUGGUCCCUUUUUAGAGAAGCCAACAAUGCCGAUUCAGAAGGCCAUUGGUAAAUUUCAUCUUGGAGCACACGUUGACUCUUGCUUUUCUAAAUUCAGUCUGAACUUUCUUCGCGGUGCCGGGCAUACAGAUGGGGAAGUUUUGGAGACAUUAUGGGCUCCACUAAACAAGAUCGCUGGAAGUACAAGAUCUAUGACGUUGGCCCACCGACAGGAAGUAUUGGAUGAUUGUGCUUAUGACUCUAACUGGAAGAAAAUAACCAAUCUAAUUCCAUCUCUGAUAAAGAAGUGGAAGCGUGCCGAAACAUCAUUUGCCAACAUGAAAGAGGCUUAUGAGGAUCUUAGAUGCCGGUUGACAGAGGAUGAUUUAGAGUCAUGGAAUUCUCAGGCGGAGCAAGCAUCUUUGCUCCGUGGUAAGGCUUUGGAAAUUUAUGAUGUAAAGACAGAACAAAAUCCAUUGGUGGCUGGUGUUCGGUUGGAAAUGGUGGAAAAAGAAUUGGUUAAUGGUGCUUACCUUUUAGGUGGUGCAGCGUUCAUCACCAAAGGCCUAUCAUUGGAAGAGGCACAAUACAAACUACGUGUGUUCAUUAAAUCUGUUGGAAACUUUCCUACCAUCCCACAGAAAAACACUAUUGCCGAUAAACGGAGGAUUAUGAAAAGGAACAUAGAACAGCAUCGCCGGCAGGGCGAAAAGUUCAUGGGGUUGGGUUCUGUUGGGGAUAGUGAUUCUGGUGACGAAAUGGAAGAUAGUGAUAGUGACGAGGGUGAGGAGGAUGGGAAUGAUGAAGAUGGCUACAUGCCACACGUAGGCUCUUCAAAUGCAGACUGCAAAAGCAUUGGGCAAACACCAGAGCAAAUGGGCAUUUGCUUUCCUUCGUCCUUCACAGCCGAGGAGCGGGUUCGGAUGGGGUGGACAAAACUAGCAGAACAGGAAGUCCAACUUCGGGAAGCACAGAUCAAUGAUGCACUUCACGAUCUCCGGAUAUCCCUUGGCGAAAAAUCACUUCGAUUUCGAAAGGUCUUGCGCGGUGAUCGGUCACAAAAACAUGUCACAAGAGCAUGGAGUGGCAUCAAUACUUACGACGCCAGAGCCAAUCUACAGGUGGAUAUAUAUGAGGGAGCGGUAGAAGCAUUAAAAAGGCUAGGUGCAGGAAACAAGUGGAAACCCAUUAACAGGGACAAGGAUCUGCAGAUGAAAGGUGACGUUGAACAUCCCAACAGAAUUGGUCAAUCAUCCCACAGUUUGGCUUGGUUCUGGAGGCUUCAGAGUGCUGAGAUCUCAGAAGAGGUUGAGGACAGCCCAAUGAUGAAAGAAUUUUACCGGAUCAAUUACCUCCGAGCAAAGGCCCGAAGAGAUCGAUGGGAGGAGGAAUUGAUACUGUUGAAGAAGGAAAUCUCAUGGGCUCUGGAGUGGUUUCAGUAUCAGUCGGAUAAGUGGAGCAAAAUGGCAGAUACUGAGGCAAGUUGUGGGCUGAUUGCCUACUGUCGUAAGAUGGCAUUUGUAUGGAAAGAGUUCAGAAGAAGGGGAAGGGAGGUUGUGCAGGAUAGUGGAUGUGUUGAGCUUGCCCAAGCUAUUUGA